AUGAGAUCUGGGCCUGGGUGGGACACUAAGACCAUCCCAACUGAUCAUUCCCUAAUUCUCUAUUUGACUGAGACAACUCCCUGGGACAGGCCAAGGGAAUUUAUACUCUGUAGGAAGCUGGGGUCCAGCUGCUUUGGGGAGGUGUUUGAAGGGCUCUGGAAAGACCAGGUCCCUGUGCCCAUUAAGAUGAUUUCUUAAGACAAGCUCUUGCAGCAGCAGACAGUUCACUGGGAGAUCCAGGCCACAAAGAAACCACAGCACAAACACGUGGUGGCUAUGCACCCUGGAACCUGUGUGUGGGAACCUGUGUGCAUUGUCACUGAGCUCAUGGCCAAGGGCGGCCUGUGGGACCUGCUGCGGGCGAGCAUGAGUGAGGGCAAGGUUCUCCCUGGAAGCUAGCUGGUGGAUGUGGCCCCACAGGUGGCUGAGGGCAUGUGCUACUUGGAAGCGCAGAGUCACAUCCUGGCUGCCAGGAACAUCCUUGUUGGGGAAAACAAUGUCUGUAAAGUCAGAGACUUUGGACUUGCUGGGGUCAUCAAAGAGGAUGCCUACCUUUCACAGAACCACAACAUUCCCGGAAAGUGGGCAGUGCCCGCAGCUCUCUCACAAGGGCUGCCCACCAAGUCUGACGUGUGGUCCUUCAGGGUUCUCCUCCAUGAGACACUCAGCAUGGGUCAGCAGAUGCCCUACCCAGGCAUGUCUAACCAGGAGGAGUUCCCAAGGGUGGAUGAGGGCUACUUCGGGCCCUGCCCACCGGAGUGCCCACCAGUGCACGAGCUGAUGCUCUGGGGCUGGUGCAGGGACCCUGAGCUGUGGCCUUGCUGUGAAUCCCUGCAAGAGAAGCUGCUCAGCCUUGGUAGGUAUGAGAAUCUGCUCUGAGCUGCCUCGGAGGUGACACGGCCAAGCCCAGAAGAAGAGAAGCCUGGACUUCGGAUGUGGGCGCAGAGCAGUGAAUGGAGCACACUUGAGUUGAGUAAAUGUGUAUGCUUCUGUCUUGUUAAUCUGUCUUUUGAUGUUUAGGCCUCAGCCGUGCAGCAGGUGAGGAAAAGAUGUCACUUUUUCUCUCCUACAGUUUCUGAUGCCCAGCGAAGGGUGGCUGAGACACCCGGAUUGUUCUGGGGCCUGCAGAUGAGAUCAUGGGACUACUGAUGUAAAGCCAGUGGAAGGAAAGAUUUCUCACCUUGGUCAGCCCUCCUGAAUCUCCAUCUGCAGAGCCCUGUUAAGAGAGGAAGGAUCAUAAGACUGUAAAUGCAGCCAAG